GUUACAAAUUUUCGGUCAGCGGUACUCCUAACAAGAGGCGCCAUAUUUGAAAACAACACAAAGAAAAGCUUAAAUAAUGUAGACGUUUUUUACUCCUUUUCCGAUAAUAGAUUGCGAGGAGCAUGUCUAUGCCUGCUAUCCAUAGCUGCUUACAGUUUUCUGUAGAGAAUGAGAGGAUCAAAGCGAAAAACAAGAAACUGUUAAAAAGAAACGCGAAACUUGAAGAACAACUGAAAACGUUUAUGGUCGAGUUUGGGAGAGAUCGCCUCCAAGACAGACAAGAAGCAAGUACUAGAAGCAUUCAAAUACAAACAGACCAGCGUCCUCAAAGAGUCGUCCGCACUCAGUCUGCUGUCCCUCUUCAAAAACCCAACAAUCGGUUCAUCCAAGCAAACGAGGAACAAAACAUCAAGGCUGAUAAGAUGUUGACCAUGCAUACAAACCUGAUGAAGAGAUACCAGAAAGAGCUCAAGACCAACACAGAACAAGUGGAGCAAAUUGCCACCUUAACUCUGGAAGUUGUUGAAUUAAAGAAAAAGCUGGAGGAUGCCAAAAAGAAGAUUGAAGAACUACAAAAAGAAAAAGAAGCAAUUCUACUGCGAACAAAAGCUACAAGAACAAGAGAUCGUGUCACACCAUCGAGGCAAGACUUGCUGGCUGACAUGGCAAAGAUAACAAGAGAACGAGAUAAACUGCUAAAAGAGAAAAACAAUUAUAAAGAUGAACUGAAACUCCUAGACAGGGGAUUUUUUGAAGAAGUUGAAGAUCUAAAGUUCGCUUUACAGCAGUCUGCAAAACUUAACACGGCUUACGAAGUAGCCCUAAGGAAACUCUGCACUCAGUUUGGGGUUCCUGUGCCAUCACUCGUGGGAUCUGGGAAGAAGAGGCACAAACAUAGAGAGCGCCAACGAGAAUUUAGAUGACAUGGCAAGAAAAAAUUGAUAUAUUUUAGUCAGAAAAACGUCGAUUUCUGUAAUUUGGGCGAUGAAUGUAAAGCAAUGGAAAUACAAGUAAAUUUGUUUUCAUUUCUCAUUGUGUUGGACUUUAGAAUGCCCUGUUCUCUAAAAGAACUUUAAAUCUAAAUUUCUAAAGAACGAGGUAUUUACACAAAAUCAAAUUAUGCGGCAGGGUAUUCUGAAGUUUAGCUGAAUUGAGAGUGUAAAUGUAUAAUAUGCCAAA